AGAGAACGAACGAGAACAUUGAAGGAAAACCUAACCAUUUUCAUUUUCAUUCACUUUGGGAAAAUUCGACAAUCGAUAUGUGUGUAACACUCGGUCGAUUAGGGUGUUUAACAUUAAGGUUUUUUUUGCUGUGUUAAAAUCGGGCUCUUAAGAUGGAGAAAACUCAUUUCAGGGAUAUUUGUGUUGGAUUAUGUAAAAGCUGAACAGGAAAUUCUGAAUGUUCCUUGUUAAGUGAAACCCCACAUUUCUCGGUUAGAAUGGAAGUGUGUGCUAGAAUCAAGUCGUGAAAAGGAAAAGGAUUUUUAUCUGCUAUUGAUUAGAGUGCAACUCGAGACACGGGCAUAUAUCGGAAUUAUUCUCAGUGGAUUUUGAAUUGAGUACUGUGUGUAGUUUGAUAAAAAUUUUCCGCUAGUUCCAUAAAGGCUACCCCGGGUUAUACGAUCCGUAUUUUAUUUUUUCUCCAUUACUGACAGCUUUUAGUAGGCUGUGAAAACGCACGAAAUGCAGCCUCCCCCACGGAAAGGAAACUAUACGAAAUUUCUAAAGAAUCUUCACUCGGAACAACUAGCGAAGCUUGCACUGAAGAAUCAAAAUGAGUGUGAGCUCCUGGAGGAUAUUCGUCAAUUUACCCUGAAACGUUCGGCUAUCGAAAAGUCGUACAGCGAAGCACUCCUGAAAAUCUCAUCGGCAUAUCUCAAUAAGAAGCAAGCAUGUAUACCAGAAAUAAAAAUGGAUGGAGCGGAAGAAAAAUGGAACAUGUGGAGCGUAUGGCAGACGGUGCUGGAGGAGAACGAAAAACUGGCCCGUGCACGCCUCGCCGCCGUUGAGGUUUUCCAACAACAAAUUGCAGACGAGGCAAAAAUACUGCGGAGUGGCAAGUUGGGUAGCAGCAAAAAAUGCAUCGAACAUCUUGGUCAGGUUCAGAAGGAACUUCAACUAUCCGUACAGGAUGUUGAUAAAACAAAGAAGUGUUACUUUGAUGAAGAACACUGUGCUCACGAUGUUCGUGACAAAGCACGAGACAUUGAAGAGAAAUUGAAGAAGAAAAAGGGAUCAUUCUUUCAGUCGAUAACGUCACUGCAGAAAAAUAGUGCCCGGGUGACUUCGCGGAAAGAACAGCUCGAGGAGAAAUCGACGGGCGCUCGAAAUGAUUACAUAUUAAGUUUGGCUUCGGCAAACGCACAUCAGAACCACUAUUUCACCAUUGAUUUGCAGACCACGAUGGCCACGAUGGAAAAUUAUGUUUACGAACGAGUUGCCGAUUAUCUGGCUCUGAUUGGUCGCACUGAACUGCUAACCUGUUCGGCAACGCAGAAUUCAUUCGGCAAAAUACGCGAUCAAGCGCAACAGUUGACGCGUGAGUACAACCUUCAAUGUUGCUACCUGUAUUAUCCUGUGUUGAAGCAACAUAUUCAGUAUGAAUUUGAGGCGUGCGACAAUGAUCCAGUUAGGAAGAUUACAGCAGAUCAUGAAUCAGCUGCAGAGACACUGAAUAGGGAAGGUAAACGUUGGGCCGGACGAGUAGCACGAGAGAACAACGUGAUUAGGGAUAAUGCUCGGAAAUUGGCCGUGUGUACAGCGUUGAGGGAAGCGGGGCAUCGUAAUGAUCCCAACGAUCAAAACGGUCCGGAUCUGGAAACGAAAAUCGAUGAAUUCCGUGAAAACAUUCGAAAGGCGGAAACUGCCAAAUGCAAGGCUGAAGCACGACUCGAGUGUCUAAGAUGUGGUGGUAUCAAUGUGGACGACUGGCUCCAAGAGGCUGAAACACUCAGCGUUCAAGAAAUGCCACGCUCGGCCAGUUCUUUAUCGAUGCGCACUGAUGCUUCAGGGCAAGGGGAGAAUCCAAGCUCUGAUUCAUUUUAUGACAGUGAUAAUGCUGAACAGGACCAGCCAAUAUCAGAGUCAUCGCCGGCACCAAAGCAACCGGAACCACCAAUGGAUGAAUUCGUGGAAAGCGACGAGGAUGAUGAUUUUGAAGUGGAACAAGAGCGUCAAAAGAUUGAGCAAAUUUCUCAUGGGUGGGAUGAUCCUACUCAGGUAGAUUGGGGAGCUGAAGAAGCAGCAGCAGCAGCGGCAGCAGCUGCGGCUGCAGCAGCCGGUUCAUCCUCACAACAACCUUCGGGACAAACUUUCAAGUGUACUGCGCUGUAUUCGUACACGGCACAAAAUCCGGAUGAAUUGACAAUUGUUGAGAGCGAGCAGUUGGAGGUAGUUGGUGAGGGUGAUGGCGAUGGAUGGCUUCGAGCUCGCAACUACCGCGGUGAAGAAGGAUUUGUUCCCCACAAUUAUCUGGAUGUCGAGCGAGACACACCUGUAGAUACUCACACCACAGCGCAGCUUUCAACGCAAAUAUCAUUUUCUUCUGUCGACUACACUGUGGACAAUGAGGAUCAAGACCAAAUGCAAGAUUCUGGUCAAUCACCGGAUCAGAUAUCCGUGAUCUCAGCGCCGAGAAAAGUGCAUCAAAUGUUUUGCAUUGCACUGUACGAUUACGAUGCAACAGCGGAGGAUGAAUUAACCUUCGAAGAAGGACAGAUUUUCAAACUAAUCACCAAGAGUCCACAUGGAGUAGAUGACGGAUGGUGGGAAGGCGAAUUGAACGGCAAAAUCGGUAACUUUCCCUCGUUGGUUGUAGAAGAGUGUGACGAAAAUGGUGAACCGUUGACUGACGCCGAGGAUGAAUCUCCACCACCAUCUGCUCCGCCAUCUUUCGCGGCACCUGCACCACCUCCGAUGGUUCUUCAUCAAGCAACGCCACCGGAGGGCGAGAGUCCAAACCUAGAACAAAAUAGCUCAGUACCCGCAGUUGAUCGAUUUGAAUUCGAGUUAAACGACGAUCAGCACGACAAAUAUGGAUCGCAGUUUUCAGCACCUCCACCGUCUCAACCGCCUCCAGUUGUUAUAUGCGAGGAACCAGAGGCAGAGGAAAUGGAAUCCAAACCAGAUGCAGCAGUAGAAACCACUGGUGAGGACUCAAAUCAGCUAAACUUCAACGCUCAAAUUAUCGUUACAGCAGCCACGCCGAUGCAUGAUGAGCCAGAUAAGAAGUUUCCUCCGCCAUCUGAAGAAGCAGAAGACGACCACGACGAUCAGCCGAUAGAGAUAAUCGAAAAACAAGAACAGGAAACUCAAGAGGUUAGUGCAAAGGAGAAAUCUAAGGUAGAGUCUCCACCGAAAGAGCAGCAACAGAAACAACAGCCAGCACCAACGAAACCACCAACACCACCAAAACCUGCUAAACCAACAUCACCGCCAAAACCGGCAAAACCUGCUACACCUCCGAAGGAAAAAGCAAAAUCACCCCCACCUUCAUCAACGGACUCAAUAGAAGAGGAACCUGAAGAGAACUCUGCGCCUCUUCCACUGGACGAACCUGCAGCUCCCUUCGAAGCCACAUUUGAGGCCAACUUCGAAGCCAACUUCGCCGCCAAUUUCGACGAUGCCUUUGGCAACAAUCAACCAGAGCUACCUAAACAGGUUGUUGGUGGUCGGGCAAGCAUACCGGAGGAACUGGAGCCACAUCAAUUGGCACGCUUGCAGAACCUCAAAGAGUCUAACGCAUAAUGACCUCGUAAUGAGUUCUAGUUGAUUAUUCGUUAUGUGAAUCAGAUUAAUAACCAUCAGCUAGAUUCUUUGUUAAGGAUAAUAUUUAUUCAAUGAACAAUAUGUGUAAAACCAAUUCAUGAAUGUUUGUAUUCCAAGAGCACAUUCGUUUGCUGAACAAUUGAACAUUCGCAGGUAAACCCAUUUUGAAACGGUUGCGAAUGAUUUGUAUUUGACUGUAUACAUACAUGACACUUCCAAAACAAUUCGUUUUAAGCUCUACGAUAGUUUGUAAUAUCCGACAAAUUGAAUUCCUAUCGUCCGAAUAGUACAUCGUACAAUCAUAAUUGUCUUCACACGUCAUUCGAAUUGAAUUGCAUUCCAUUCAAAAACCUCGGCAUGUACAGUCAUCGAAGUAGUACGAACCAUUAUUCAAGGACCAGUGCAUAAUGCGCCUAUGUCUAUGUAUGUCUUUCUUCUGACUAUCAAUUACCAUUUGGGAUGCACUUUGUAUAAUGUGAUAAAUUCUAAUCGAUAACAUGAUAGAUAAUAUGUUUUCACUUAGUCCAACUCACUGGACAUGGUAGCAUUCAUUCAUGUAAUGUUGUGAAGCGCAGACAGAGCAUCAAUGAUAUUAUUAGAGACCACUACAGAUCCAGUGUGUUGUUUCAAUCGGGAAAUUGUUGAACAUAAACAUUUUUCGAGGCGUCAACUAUCAAUUCAAUUUCAAUCAAUAAGUAUGAUCAAAAGAGCAAUGUUUUGGCUAACACUCAUAAGCUAGACUAUUCUAAACUGUUGAACAAAACCCAACUAAUGCCUAUAAAACUAGUCUAUAAUUAAACCUUACAUAUAUAUAUGAGAAAUGCGCAUUCUUAGCUUAUUAUGUACAACGCGAUCUGAUGCAUAGUUAUUAAAUAUAAUACCAUUAAUCGAAUAUAGAAUUAAAAUCUAUUACCGAAGAAUGCUUUCUGCUAUCCAAAUAACCACGACAUUCAAUGUUAGCUAAAACAAAUUCUAUAACAUUCGUUUCAGUUCAAAUAAAGUCUCAUCGCGUUAGUACCUAUAGUAUGUGAAAAACAUCAGUUGCAGUAGUUUACAGAAUCCUACGCGGAUUGGUUAGAUAUCCAUACAUAACAGAUGUUGACAUAUGUUUCACAAGAAUAGAGUUUGAAAUUUAUCGACAAGAGUUAAGGUACUAUUAGAAGUUUCAGUUGUUACUACGAAUAUCUAUUAGACAAGUACAAAUAUCUACAUCUUUCGAACACUUGACAGUUCGCAAGUGCGGACAGGCGUAAUUCCUCCGAGAUACCUAAGACUUAUUUUGGAACUAGCUCGUUUCCCUGUCUACAGGGUUCGUGAAUGAUGUAAUUACAUUCCUAUUAGCUGUUUGUGGUUCUUUGCCAAUUAACAUGACAUAACGUCUCAAAACGAGUAGGAUGAACAUUGUUUGACUGCUACCAAACUAUCGUUUUGAAUGUAUCAUGCUUUCAACUUAGCAAUGACAUCCACAUCAGGGGUUAUUUUUUUUAGAAAAGUUUCAUUGAGACGAUCAAUCAAUUGCGGUCGACGUCAAGAUUAAUAUAUUAAUUUUUUUAAACGAAUAUUGCUCACGUAUCCGACGUUAAAACGGCCCCUGAACUUGACAUAGUAUCCCUUCAUAUGAGUUGCUUACAAUAUAGUCGACUGAUGCUACGUGUGAAUCGCUUUUACAUAUUGUUUUGUUUUCAUCAGAAAAUAUUUUGGCCACCUAUUUUUCACUACGGUCGCCGUUUAUUUUUCACCGGGCGUAGAAACCUCAAUAGCGGCCCUUACACGAUCAUUAAAAGUGUCAUUACUAAAAAGUAAUGGCACUUUUAAUGAACGUGUAAGGUCUACGAGUUCAGUAAUGACACGAGUAAUGAUGGAAUUCCGGAUUUUCCAUCAUUACCAACAUUAUUUCUUCUUGUUAUUUUUUUUGUGGAAGUGCUGAAAUUUAGAACUAUACGCGAAAAAAUGACAAAGUGUAGAUUUAAAUUGAUAAUAUUUCAUUAACCUUAACGUUUCAAUGGCAAAUCAAAUUUAUUUUCAGCUAAACGAAAAUAAAAAUAUUGCUAUUGCUAUUGCUGGAGUAGUUACAAAUACUCAUCAUUAAUAAUGAACGUGUAAUGCUAAAAAGUAAUGAUGUACAGUAAUGCAGUAAUGACGAGCGUUUGAGCAGAAGUGUCAUUACUUAGUAAUGACACUUUUAAUGAUCGUGUAAGGGCCGCUAAUAUCUCAUACGUUCAUACGUUCAACACUAAACGAUAAUCAGAAAUGGUGAAACAGAUUUCACCUAGGUGUGGAGUAUGGGUGGUAGGUUAGAGAGGAGAAAGCGAAUUUAUAAUGAAAGGAAGUGCAAAAAUUGCAUUUCCAGGUGUGGAAUUCCACUCCUAGACAUAUACCAGGUGUGGAAAUCCACUCCUAGACAUAUUCCAGGUGUGGAGUACAUUAUAAUCCUACUACCUACCUUCUGCCGCCCCUGCUGAUAAUAUAUAAAUGCAAUGAUAGAUUGUUAUUCUCGAGAUUGAAUUAAUCAGCAAAAUGUUCACUUUUCAUUAGGCAGUAUUUACUCCACUUGCAAAAUAGCCAAGACGUCACAUUUUCAAGACAUGCCACUCUCAGAUUUUACGAACAAAUCGUAAGCGAACGUUUUGGCGAGCAUGGCGCCAUAGGUGAAUUUUCAUUGAAUUUCGUACAAAUAAGUAAAUAGCAGCACUGCGCACCCAUACAAUUGACGUAAUAUAUUCAAUGAGAUGUCAUGCGAUGUCGUUGCUGAACUGAAGACCCAACCCGAAUUUCAACCGUUCUGGUCCUUCGAUGGGAGAUCGCACCCUAGGAAAGCAAUUCAGCAGAAGAAGAUAAUUGAUUCCAACAUAUUUUUUUCGAAUGAAUCCCGAAUUCCUUGAGACAGUAAUCUUGGCCCACUACUAUUAGGUUUUUUACCGUCACUGCUAAUCUCAAUCGGAUGAACACAUUUUAACAGUUCAGCGGUACUGUUUGUAAACAGAGAUUUUUUUGUUUGUCUGUUGACAAAUUGGAUGAGACCAUUGACGGUCCAUAUCGACUAAAUAGAGUUUUAAAACAUUUGUUCACGAUUGGAUACGGUUUGUUCUUGAGAUUUAUUGAAUAAAAGUGACUAGUUGCAAAGUGUAAAGAUGAUUGUAUAAGACGUGUUCUUCGAUUUAUGUUUAAGCUUGUUUAAGCUUGUUUGUAAACAGUACCGCUGAACUGUCAAGGAUGAAAGCUUGUUCAUUUGUUACAUCACGAUAAAAAAUCUAAUUGGUUAUCGACGCAACUUCACUGUUUGACAUUGGAUGAAGAUUGGUCGUUGUUUCCUUCAGCCCGCUCUACCCUCAGAAAAAAGCGUUCAACGGUGAUCCUUCAUUGGUCCAAUACGUUGGAUCAUUGGUGCAAUGAACGUCCAAUCAAUCGUUCAACGGGAGGCCAACACGAGACCUUCGUUUGCCGAUUUUGAAACAGACCAUUGAACCGAAUGCCAUUUUUUUCGUUCAAUAAACCCGGCAGAGGUCCAUUGUUGAGCCAUUUUUAAUAUGAGGAGUUGGAGCCCUGUUGGACUAGUUUUACUGGAGAAUUUUCGAGGUUUUUUCACUUAUUUUUUUCAAAAUAACACUCCAUACCUGUACUAUUCUUCUACUUUACGUAGAAUAACAAUAAAUUUGCUUUCUAUAUGAAGGUAACACCUAAUUUUCACACCAUUUUUGCAAGAGAAAAAAACAACAACAACCCGAUCCAGCAACAAACGUUCAGCGACCAACAAAAUAUAAUCGCUUGCUGAGUGGGAGGGUUUGACAUUCGAAUUUCCUUGAUCUCCUUUCGUCUUGAUCUGAAUCAGCUUUAAGACACCGCAAAAAAAACAGCUUCGAUGAAGAGCAGUAGCACUCAUAUAAAAUAUUAUUAUGGAAUAUAUCAAUCAAGCGGGGUAAAACAGGAAUUACGAUUUUAAUAACGAUCUCAAUCCAUUUCUCGUUUCAUGCGCUGUGCUGUGAAACUUAGUCAAUGUUUCUGAGGAUAUUUGUACCCGUCUAAUAGGGCUUAUGAUGCUGUCUAAAAAUACAUCCCGUCUCCCAAAAAAAUAUAUCCAAUGGAAAGGGUACAGCAAAAAUCUAGCACUUAUAAUACGAUAGUAUUAUGUGUAGCAAUAUUUAUUCACGGAAUGAUAUUGAAAUAUAUACGACAGAUCCUCAGUAUCGUCACUGUGCGUGUUAGAUCGAAUUGGAGAUUAUGAAACGCAUUCAUAGACUCGACAUUAAAGUUCCGCGUACUUAUCAAAAGUUUUCAAAGGCUGCAACUUGUGUAUUAGGCAAAUAAAAAAUGUGUCAAUAUAACAAACCUGAUGAUGUUGAAACGAACUAAACCAUUAAACUUCUGUUACUCUAACACGAAUCAGAAUAAUAUAAUAAUUUUCAUCAUGUAAUUGAACCAUCUGCGAAAUUGUAAUAAACCAAAAACUGAAGCAAACGGAAUAUACAAAAACUAAAUGAAAAA